AUGACGGCCGACACGAAGAAGCCGUUCUUGACGGUCGAGGAUAUGAAGAUGUGCUUCUCGCUCUUCUGCUGCGUCUACGGUAUCGGCACGCUGGGCAUGCCCGGUAACUACGCCCGCGCCGGCUACGGCUGGGCGACCGUCGCGCUUGUGGCCAUGGCGGCCAUCAACAUUUACGCCACGUGGUGCAUCUCCCAUGUCAUGAUGGUCGCGCCCCGCAGCAUCCGCACGUUUGGUGACCUCGGCGAGUGGUCCAUGGGCUGCUUUGGCCGCUGGAUCACCAACAUUGCGCAAAUGCUGGUCUGCGUCAUGGUGCCCAUCAUGUUCCUCGUGCUCGGCGGCAUCAUCUUUACCAUCAUGUUCCCGUCGUCGUUCGAGGACUCGACGUGGAUCAUCAUCAUGGGGAUCACGCUCCUUCCCGUUUGCCUCAUCCCGACGCUCAAGGAAGGUGCUGGCGCCGCCGCGGCCGGCGCCCUCGGCACGAUCAUCGCCGACGGCAUCGCGCUCGGCCUCCUCGUCUACAACCUCAACGACGUCAACGAAGGCCUCUCGCCGCCGACGCCCAACCUCAGCUUUGAGCAGGUGACGACGGUCUUUGGCAACCUCGCGCUCGCGUACGGUGCCGGUAUCGUCGUCCCGACGCUCCAGCGCGAGCACAGCGACGAGACGCGCAUGCCCCGCAUCAUUGUCGUGACCCUCACGCUUGUCUCGGUCUGCUUCCUCAUCGUCUCGAUCACCGGUGUCUCGGUCGCGGGCUGCCAGAUCCCGGGCAACCUCCUCUUUGCCAUCUCGGGCCCCAAGCUCAACUUUACGGCCAACCGCGGCGGCGUCAUCCUCACCAUGAUGGCCAUGCAGCUCCACAUCACGAUCGCGUUUGCUGUCGUCAUCUUCCCGGCCUUCUUCAUCGCCGAGCGCAUCGUCCUCGGCCUGCACAAGGUGACGAUCGAGCGCAGCGAGCCGAUGAACUACAACGACAUUGAGACGCCCAACGUCGAGCUGCCGGAGAAGACGUCGCAGCUCGAACCGAUCGAGUACCCGUCGCACGAUGCCGCGUCCGACUACGCCGCGCCCGGCGCGUACGUCAAGGCGGCCAUCCUCCGCAUCAUUAUCAUUGUCAUCACGGUCGUGGUGGCGAUUGCGUGGAAGGACAACUUUGGCGACCUCUUGGACUUUGUCGGUGCCUCCUCGACGUCGCUCAGUUGCAUGAUUUUGCCCAUUUGCUUUUACCUCAAGACGUUCUGGAAGACGAUCAAGCCGCUCGAGAAGGCCGGCGCCGUCCUCGCAGUCCUCGUCUGCGUCGCGCUGGCCAUCUACGUUUCGAUCAACACGGGCAAGGUCCUCUUCAAGACGGUGGAAGCGUCGAAGGUCCCGUUCCCCUUCUGCGCCGCUGAGUACCAGAACUAUGUGUACACCAACCGCACGCACUACAAGCCCUAGAGUGUGCAACUGUUUUAAAAUGUGUCGUGACAACAAAGUGUCUUUUAUUCCAAC